AUGCGGCUGAAGUCGGACUUUCGUAUUAGCGAUUUAAGCGAUGAUCAGCUGGCACGUCUGAAUCUUCGCAGCGUGUCGAAAGCAUCCGCGGCGGCUCUCUCACCGGAUUGGUUAGAGGCAUUCUUUACGAAUGUCGCGUACAACACAAAGUUCGAGUGCAUAGGUGUAUUACUGCUAGAAGGGUUUCAUACGUUGUUUGACGGCCGCCCGGAGGCACACGUUGACGAGGACAUUCUGCAACUCUUUGCAUACCUGGAGAAGCAGGUGGGGCUCGGCGUGCUGCGUUUGCGUUGGCUUGCCCUGCGGGCCUUUGACGUGUCGGUGACAGAUUUGGUGGCACCUUUUCUCUCCAGAUACGCGGAGCGGGGUACAUCGCAUGGCGUGCGUGCAAGGGUUGCCGUCACCCUCUCGGCAGCAUUGCAGCACUUGCCCCCUCGAGACGUCUGCGGAUUUGUGGAGCACGUCAAGCGCGUUGCGGCGACGCUCUGCUUUGGUCGGGCACGCGAGCAUCUCUCGCAAGUUGUUGUUGUUUUUUUUUUUUGUUCACGCUGCGGAGGGUGUCGUACGCUGUGUGCGUCGUGA